CAAUCGAUGAUCUAUAACAUUAUGCGAUGUUGGAAUUGAUAUAAUACCUCAUGUUAAUUCUGGUUGAAUAUUUCAACUUUCCAACUUUUUUCAACACGGUUUGAGAGUGUACAUCCAUCAUUUCACCAUGGAUCAAUUAUUGACAAGAGAUUCCCUCACAACCAACAUCCUGGUCAUCCUAAGCAUCUCCUACGUCAUCUAUAACCUCAUCCAAAAAGUCCUCUUAUAUCAACAACAACGCACUUUCGCCAAACAAAACAAUUGUCUUCCCUGUGUCUCCUACCCGCGAAAAGAUCCCUUUUACGGCCUCGAUUUCUUUGUCAACACUAUUCGCGCGGGUCGGAAUGGAAAAUUCCUCGAGACGACUCAAAAACGAUUUGAGUCACUUGGCGUUUACACAUAUGUCUCUAACCCCCUAGGUAUCACAACUAUCAACACGGCCGAUCCCGAAAACAUCAAAACCGUUUUAGCAACCGCGUUUAAAGACUAUGAAUUAUUUUCUAGGAGAAAAGCUGGCUUGAUGCCAAUUUUUGGACCAGGAAUCUUUGCGGUAGAUGGAGAGGAAUGGGAACAUUCGAGGGCGAUGUUGAGGCCGAAUUUUGUGAGGAGUCAGGUGGCCGAUUUACAUGUUUUCGAGAAACACUUUGGGAAGUUGAUCAAGAGGAUACCUAGGAAUGGGGCCACAUUUGAUUUGUCAAAGUUGUUUUUCAUGUUGACUAUUGAUUCUGGUGAGUUUUUGGAGUGAGGAUCAGUGAAAUGGUGGAUGGCUUGAGGAGAUAUGAUAAUAUGCUGUGCUAACUUUUCGUGGUAUAGCUACGGAAUUUCUUUUCGGUGAAAGUACGGAGACAUUGGACGAAGAGAAAUUGAAUUCACCCGGCCAUAAGUACUCGGAAGCUUAUGACUAUGUGAGUAUUGGACCUGAUACAUCUUGAAAGCACAUUUACUUACUUUUCACAGAUGGCUGAAAAAGUUGGCGCACAAAUCCGCUGUAAGUAAAGCAAAACGCUUAUGUCGUACUCUGUUCUACUUCACGAAACAAGGAACCAUACUAAUAAACAAACAGUGGGUAAACCUGCCAACUUCCCCCGCGACAAAAAAUACACAGAUUCCAUAAAAUACGUGCACUCGUACGUCCGCACCUACGUAGACAAAGCCCUCGCGCUCCAAAUCACCAAUUCAUCGCAAAAACCGCAGGAAUCUGGUUCAGAUCGCUAUAUCUUCCUACAAGAACUCGCCAAAUCCGGCUACAGCGCGCUGAAAAUCCAAGCAGAGUUGCUUAACAUUCUACUUGCGGGGCGUGAUACAACCGCCAGUUUACUUACUCUUCUCUUCAUGGUACUUUCUCGUGAAAAAGAUGUGCUUGAGAAAUUGAGAAAGGAGGUAAUGGGAUUGGAAGGAAGACGACCGACUUUUGAGGAAGUCAAGGAUAUGAAGUACCUAAGAUGGUGCAUUAAUGAGAGUAAGUUUUUACUUUUCGUGCUCUUUUUAUCGUCACAUCACCUGCAAAGAACCCCAAAUACAGACUAUGAAACUAACAGAUCCCAAGCAAUGCGACUCUACCCCAUCGUCUCAACUACGUCUCGCGUUGCAGCCCGCGACACGGUACUUCCUCGCGGUGGCGGAACUGACGGAAAAUCCCCGACGAUGGUUAAAAAAGGAAGUGUGGUAGUAUACAGCUCUUAUGUGAUGCAUCGAAGAAAGGACAUUUAUGGAGAAGAUGCUGCUGAAUUUCGACCUGAGAGAUGGGAGAAAUUGAGAGUUGGGUAAGUGAUUCAAUAUUUGAUAUCUAUGUUUGAAAGACAAAAUGAUGUACUAACUUGUAACUCAAAGCUGGGAAUACAUUCCCUUCAGUGGAGGUCCUCGUAUUUGUAUUGGACAGCAAUUUGCAUUGACCGGUUAGUUCGCCUUUCUUUAUGUUUACAUUCCCUUAUGAGGGCUCGUGGUAGCCAGGCAAGAAAAGACUGACAUAGAGAACAGAGGCAUCCUACACCACAAUUCGUCUUUUACAAACUUUCUCCAGAAUUGAAUCGAGAGAUGAUGAACCCUUUGCGGAAUGGUUGACACUGACUUUGUCAAACAAAGGGGGUUGUAAGGUCGCGAUGUUUGAGUAGGCGAGCAGUUGUGAGUAGAAAGUGGAGAGAAUUGAAAGAAUAGGAGUAAAUAAAAGUAAAGGACGAAAGAAAGCUAUGAAUGAAGGAUAAACCCGAGAACAAGUAUCCAAGCUUCUAGAAAGUAACAUGAAUGACUUAUUUCCUGCAUAUAAGUCACAUCUACUCCUCUACAUCUUUACUAAUAAUAUUUCUCUUGCAUGGCAAGUCUU